AGGAUCAGUGUUGUCCUGCCCUCUGCUCCUCCCGCUGUACGCUGCUUACCUUGUGCCGCACUCACCCAACACCACCACUGCCUCCUACAAACAGCUGGUGGUGUAGUGCUCUGGGUGUUACGAUCUCAUAGAAAAGUAGUGGUGUUGGCGGCUGGUACGUGAGAAAUAUUACCCGGUAACAAUAGUGUCCCGAGAAAGUGCUUCGUACAGAUCUCAAGGUGAUAACAUAUAUAACACGGGAAGUAGAUAUUGAGAUAGAAAUUGUGUGUGGAGUGGUGUGGAGUGGUGUUAGUGAGGGUGUGGAGUGGUGUUAGUGAAGUGGAUUUGCCAGUGAGUGUUGGUGGCUUAGUGGACUCCUACAGCCAAGUGGAAGGGAAGUGGAGGUGUGGAGUGUGGUGGGUGUGGAAACCUGCUGUCCAAGAGGUGGAGUGGAGGUUGAGUGGAGGAGGGCGCUAUCAACAGGUGGUGGUGGUGGAGAGUGAGUAUAGUGGUGGAUCAUGAUGGAAACGAUAGAAGUGGAGGAGGUGGAGGUACAGGACACCCCCAUCAAUAAGAGACGUUCCACUCACGAUGCUCUUGAUUCACCUCCUUCAUGCCCCUCCACCCCUGUACCUCCCUCACCACCAGACCCCACCUCGCCCACCACCGACCAGCAACACCUCCCCCCGCCGCCCUCUCCAACCUCCCCCACCUCGGCCAACACCCCCCCUACACCAGGUCUUGGGGGGCGACGUCUUCCCAACAUCAAGAUUAAAAAACAGUACAGCAAAAUAUUCAGAAUUAAGACCAAGAUCCUACAGAACCUGGGUAAAGCAGACAGGACAGUGGAUGACGUGUUUGACGAGUACGAGUUGAACUUCAGCAGACAGCAGACCAACGCCAACCGCCUCCACAAGGAAGUCGCCAACUACCUCAGAUGUUGCAGAGCGCUUCACGGGGCCAGCAAAAGCCUGUUCGAGACCCUAGCUGAGGUGUACGAGCCGGAAUGGGUGGGGCAUGAACUCCUGUACGCCCAGUCUCAAAACUCUGACAUGCUGUGGACGGAUUUCUGUCAUAAGAUGCAAGACCAAACCCUGACACCACUCACCGCCUACCAGCAACAGUUCCCAGAGAUCAGGAAAAAGAUUGAUAAGCGAGGGCGCAAACUUGUGGAUUAUGAUAGUCAGCGACACCAGUUGGAGAAUCUGCAGAGGGCUGGACGCCGAGAUGAAUACAAGAUCGCACGUGCACGAGAUGCUCUGGAAACUGCCCGAGUCACAUACGAGGCUCUUAACAAGGAACUGUAUGACGAACUGCCAACACUGUACGACCAGAGGAUCCCCAAUGUGUCUGCCAGCCUACAGUCUCUCUUUGCUGCAGAAACCACAGUCCUGGCUGAAUCUAGCAAGGUUGCCAAGGAAUUAGAGGCCAUUGCAGAUAAGUUAACUAAGGAGUGUGCCAAAGGAACAUACAAGGUGCAGCGCGGAGUUGCUCCCCGUCCCCUCUCAGUCGUAGAACCCGCCUCUCCCAAGAACGCCAAUUCUCCAUCCAUGUGGUACGAUGGUGGGGCCGGAGAGGAGGGAGACAACUCUCUCCAGGCUUUGGAGGGGAAUGAGGGGACCCUGGAAAUAACCACUACAGAGGAAAACCAAGAUUCCUCAGCCACAUUGGAAUACAAGGAAUCUUAUAAAUCCAUCCCGGAUUCUGACCAGCGCACUCCAACCCCUCCUGCAAGUCCACUCCCUCCUGCAAGUCCACUCCCUCUUGAAACCCCAGCCAACGAUGCUGACUCUGCCCUGAGUGCUCCCAUUGACUCCGAGCACGAUACCAACAACCGCCCCACCAUCUCUGGCCCAGUCACCACCAAUAAGGAGGAAACUGGCCGUCCGUAUGAAGAGAUCGAGUUUGAAGACAAGAAAGUAAACGGCACCGUGUCUUCCCCCGCCCGGACCAACGGUGAAGUUAUCGGCACUAAGAUCCCCCCAGCCACUGGGUCGGCGCUCAGUAAUGGCCCUUCCUUCACGUCCCCCUUGGCUGACCUGGACAAUAAGGUGGAGGAGAUCUAUGACAUCCCUGUGGAUGGAGGACUACAGCCAUCUGCAUUGACAGGUGCGACCACGGAAGGGCUACCGCAAGGUGUGCUAUACCGUGUGCGCGCAACCUACAAGUACACGCGUGAGGACGUUGAUGAAAUCAGCUUCGAAGUCGGUGACACCAUCCAGGUGGUGGAGUACGACGAUCCUGAGGAACAGGAGGAGGGGUGGCUUACCGGGGUCAAGGAGGGGACCACGGAGAGGGGACUCUUCCCCGCCAACUUCACCCGUCCCAUCUAAGCUUCCCUUGUUCUCCUUGAAGUACUUAUGAGAUAAAAAAACAAAACAAAAUAUCUUCGUCGAGAAUCCCACUUGAGGUCAACUUGUCUCGAGAUUUACCGACGACAAAGGACAGCAAAGUUUGAAGUUGGCUUUGGUUAGCAGCUAAAGGCUGAUUCAUCUGCAAGUGUUGUAGGAUCAAGGAAGCUGAUGUAUCAUAGCUGUAAGGAUAACACGAACUCAAAUACAAGUCAUCUUUGAUAGUAACAACAACGUAUAUCUCCACAUGAUUGUCAGAUAACCCUACCAUGAAUCUGUAUGCCGUUCAGUGACCUUAACGUUUUAUUGUGUUGUGAGAUUUUUACCCUUUAUAUCCAAGUCAUUUAUUCGACAGUGUAGUGUAAAUUAUCGUCGUAAGUUUUGUAGAUAUUAAUGCUAUUCAAGUAUUCUACUACAAUAGUAAUUGCUCAUGUGAAUGUUAUAAAUGAAAUAGACUCAUCUGAUUAAGAGAAGAAACCCUGUUCAUUGUACUAAGGUGCAGUGGAGGCUGUGUGACCAUAUUGUGCUGUUAGAAAGUUAUAACCUUCCAACAUCUCUCUGUACUUGUGUUUAGAUUUUUUUUUCAUAUUUUGAUUAUUAAGGCAGGUUAACUGAUUAAUGAUGAACCCAAAAUAAGCAGCUAAUUUUGUUUAUUAUAACACAAAGAUCCAACAGGUAGCUUGGGUUGACUGUGAUGAACAGAGAGUUUCCAUCACGAAAGUGUGCAUGAACUUCCAUUAACGACCAUUGCUUCUUUUAUUUAUUGAUUUGAUUAGUUAUUAAGGUAUUUGUUGUGUUUGUGAAUGUUUAUCAUUUGAUCUGAUAUAUAAAUACUCUUUUAAUUAGCCUAUGUAGUAUUGUUGGCAACUGGAAAGUAUAUUGGUAUAAAGAUUUGUUUUUUAAUUGCCACGUGAUAGUUUACCACGUUGGUACAAUUUUGUGAUUAACAGAAAAUGGGGGAGUGUGUGUGUUCCCCUGGCUUCUGGCCACCUUGUACCAGAAUAGGAAAAGGCUUGCAAGAGUUGAGAAAAAGAUUAUUUAGCAAUAUAACCGUGUAAUCAUUGAGCUAGUGUGUGUAGGCAGACCUAUGCAAUUCGAACACAACUUUGUGUCAACAAUUUUCACCAGUCUGAAGUCACAUAGUCAGAUUGUGCCCAGAGUUAGCAAACACUCAAAAAUGCUCUCAGUUUAUGUAAUAUGGUACUGUUUAAUGGAUAAUGAUAAGUUAUUUAACUUUCAUUUGACUGUACAGUAUUAUAAGAUGUCCCCAAAUUACCAAACAUGCUAUCUAGUUGCUGCAAUAUUUCUUUAUAUUCAACUGAGAUUCAUAGUUUAUUGAUCACUUCAUCUCUCACACCACAGUUUUGCUGGAUUGUAACAUUGGAUUAGUACAGUAUGUGUAAAUACUUGUGGCUAUGAAGAGACCUCUGUAAAUAGUUUCCAGUUGUAAAUAAAAAACAUGAGAUGGAGUAUAUCAUAUGUAAAGAUGAAGGUCUCUUAAGUAUGUAUAUAAUAUGUAUUGGAAGAUCUGAUUACUCUUGUUUACUCUCAAAUAUUGACUCUGAAGGCAGAAUGCUCCCAGGCUGCUUAGGAAGUAGAUCAUGCUCUAAAUCAGUAGAUGUAUUAUACACUAUCCAGAUAAACUUUUGUAUGAAAAGAAUUUCCAGAAUAGGACAGACAAUGUGCCAUGAACCCACAGAGGUACUUAAUUAGUUAGUAAUAAUGUUGUAAGUGUAUGUAGUAUGUGUUGGCCUGCUCACUUCAACAGGUGUUACCCAUAUGACACAAUAUUGCUCACCCUUCAUGCCCUUCCUAUGUUUUAAAUGAGCUUUAGGUUACUUGAAUAAGUUCUUCCUGUCAUGAAUGUUCCAAUUAUGAAAGUUUUGUGACUCAAAAUAAGGUGCCUUUUAUUGAAUACAGGGCUUGUGCCUUAGCUGGAUAAUUUUGUAAGGAAGUUUUACUAAUGAAUGAUGCCAUGCUGUAUGGCUCUUAGUCUCAUUCUCAGCGACAGUAAAUUUGCAGAGUAAUUAGAUAUUUUAAAAUUCUAACAUCUACCAUCCAUUGAAGCACUUGCAGUCAAGUUUCUCUGUGAGAGAUAAAAUGACUGUUGGAGAACCUUAGUAGGAUAAACUCACUUUGAGGGGACACAUGAGAUUGUGUGGUUUACAGUCUGCCAUAAUAGGCUAUGCAGUUCUGUGCCUUGUUUUAGAGUCACAGGUUUGGGAUAAAUUUGUUUUACCUCACCUUAGACCAAGGAGUCUGGAGAAAAUCCUGCUGUAGUCAAGAUUUGGGGCAAAGCCUGUGACCUGUAGGAGGACAGAAGCUACAUAUGUCAGACAUCCAGCAGUAUCAGUAACGGCUCUUGCCUCUUAUAACUGUCUUGGCCCGGACUCGGGACACAACAACUGAGCACGUACUCUUAUAAUUAAAUACUUAUAUUAACAUCAGUGCUAAUAAAUAAAAUACAGAGCCCA